AUGGGGGUCAUUGCCCCACUGUCCCAACCUGAGAGCCAAAGACUACAAGCAGUGCCCAUGUUAAUGAAUGACCAGAGCCAGAGGGAAGGUGGGGAUGGCAUGUGCCCUCCAAAGCCCUGCUGCUCACAGACAUCCUUCAGUUCAGAUCUGCCCAGGACCUUCCUCUCCGACACCAUGAAGAUCCUGGCUGUGGGGCUUGCUUUGGCCAUUGCCAUAGGACCUGAAGCUUUGGGCGUUAGAGCAAACCAACCCUUUCCGUCGCCCUCAUUGCAUGUAUUAUUCUAUGGGAUUUCAGGACUCAUGAUCGACGGCUACGUUAAAUUGACAAAGAAACUUGAAAUGGUCACAAAGUCUGAUGCCGGCAAGGCUGUGUCGGAUCAAUUUGAGAAACUCCUUGAGCCCUUCAGUGACCUGGAGAGAGGCUCUGCAAUCCCUGCAGAGCUCUCAGAAGCAAUUGCGUUGGUUUCCGGGGUCCUCUGGGGCAUCCCAGCGAAGGGCUACAGGACUUUCCAGGACGUGGAAAGACAUUCGCCUGCCAACCUUGAACACGUUGUGGACGUCCUAUCUGCGUAUCUUGAGCCAACGCUAGUGAAAACACAUUCUUAUGCAGAGCCUCUGCUCACUCCCCUCACUGAAAAGAUUUUGGAACUAGACCAGGAGAUGGACAAGAGGAUCUCUCAGGCCAUGGAGUCGCUGGACGGACAGCUGUCCUUUUACGUCAAGAGGAUGGAGGAAAUUGGGGAUGGUCUCCAACCCUUAGUGGAAGAGGUCAGUAAGCAGUUCAGGCUGGGCCUGGAGACCCUCAACAAGAAUGCAAAGCCUUACCUUGACCCUUUCCUUGAGGAGAGCAAGAAAUAUGCAGAUUCUUUCAGGGAAUGGGUGGAAGCCCCCUUGUACCCUGCAGAAGAAUCAUGAUUUCCCCGGCCAGGAACAGAAGAGGGCAAGUUGGUGGGUUGGUCAAUGGGAAUUCAAGUGAAAGGAAUCGGCUGGAGCCACAUGAAUGGGGGCAACUUCAGUGGCUUCCUCUGGAUCAGGCAAUAAAUGUCCGGUUCCCAAA